ACUAGUCAAUAUCUUGCCCGAGGUUUGACGUCACAAUUAACGUCAUAAACCGGGUCGCACUAAAACUCCGCCAUGAAAACAAGAAAGAAAAGACCAUUUGACUUUUGGAAAGGUGUUUUAAAGUUGUCGGAAGUUGGAAAGGGUUACAAGGAUUUUAAAUUUUAACUAUAAACAAUGGUCAUGGCGGAUAGACCAACGAAGACCCCAGUUCGGGUGGGAUUUUACGAUAUUGAAAGAACAAUUGGGAAAGGAAACUUUGCAGUAGUGAAGUUAGGCAGGCAUAGGAUUACCAAAACAGAGGUUGCCAUAAAAAUCAUAGAUAAGACCCAUUUAGAUGAAAACAACUUAAAGAAGAUAUACAGGGAAGUGAAUAUAAUGAAACUGCUGAACCAUCCUAACAUUGUCAAACUCUACCAGGUGAUGGAGACCAAAAACAUGUUGUACCUUGUAUCAGAGUAUGCUCCAAAUGGGGAAAUAUUUGAUUACAUUCGUACACAUGGUCGAAUGACAGAGCCAGAAGCCAGGAAGAAGUUUUGGCAGAUCUUGUUAGCGGUGGAAUACUGUCACAACCGCCAUGUUGUUCAUCGAGACCUGAAGGCAGAGAAUCUUCUCAUGGAUGCCAACAUGAAUAUUAAGAUUGCUGACUUUGGGUUUGGAAAUUUCUUUACAACAAAUGAACACCUGGCAACAUUCUGUGGCAGUCCCCCCUACGCAGCGCCGGAAGUGUUCGAGGGAAAGAAAUACCUAGGACCUCAGAUAGACAUCUGGAGUUUAGGAGUGGUGCUGUAUGUCCUUGUUUGUGGGGCCUUGCCUUUUGAUGGGUCCAAUCUACAGAUGUUGAGAGACAGAGUCCUACAGGGCAGAUUUAGAAUCCCAUUCUUCAUGACAGAAGCUUGUGAGAAGUUGAUAAGGAAGAUGUUAGUACUAGACCCAUCCAAAAGAUAUACUAUCAACAUGAUCAAGAAACACCCAUGGAUGCAGGAGGAUGGGGGAGCUCCAAAACAGGCCCCACCCAGCCCUGUGAUUGGUCAGAAUGCAAAGAUGGGAGAAUAUAAUGAACAGAUACUUCGACUCAUGCAGGGAAUGAAGAUUGAUAGGAAUAAAACAAUUGAGGCACUACAAAAGGACGCCUAUGAUCAUUACACAGCCAUAUACUACCUUUUAGUAGAACGAUUAAGGCAACACCGCAGCAGUUUUCCUCCCGAGACUCGAAUCGAUAUACGUAAAAGACGGCCUAGCACGAUAGCGGAUCAGGCCAUGAUGCACAUGAACUCUAGUCAAGCAACCCCAGCUCAGGGGCAGCAACGCACAGCAUUAGUCAACGUGAAACAAGGCAAUUCAAUGUUCAGCCACACAACGGACUGUGUGACAAGUACCAGUGCUAACACUAGUAACUUAUACCAAUUAUUUAACGACAGUGACGUUCAGACGCCCUGUGGUGUGACAGGGUGUCUACCUGACAUUAUGCCUAGCCCUGUCAAACCCCCCAUCCCCUCUAAUAAUCUUCACAUGAUUACCACCUCCAUAGAUGAGGGGGUGGAGGCAGAUAUGACAGACUCCGAGAGUGAGAGUGGAAGUAAUGGUAAAAAUAAUGUUCAAUUCGUCAGGGAUGGGUACGGCAUAGGAUUAAUUCCCAGUUGUGCUUUUGGUGACUUUUCUCAGUUGAAUAAAAAUACAAAUAAUAGUAGUUCUUCUAUAAACACUGCCUCCCCGUUUACCAGUUUUGACUCCAGUUUGGAGCCUGACUUUUCCUCUACUGUUUUAACAUCAUCACAAAUGAACUUUACUGGUGUUGACAGUCCAUCUUGUUCAUCCAUAUCCAAUACAUUUACAUCAUCAGCAGGUGCUAAUUAUUCCAUGGGACAAGCAAACCCAGAGUCGGAAAAUGAAGAAGAUCCAGUGAGAGAUCGCAGUCAGACAAGAUCACCGGUGAAUUUCAGGGAGGGACGCAGAGCUUCGGAUGGGUUGGUCACCCAUGGGAUCAUCGCUUUCCGUCAGAGAUUAAAAGAAAACAUGCGUGCCCCAGGAAUGACAGAGUUACGCAAAGAGCAUGACACAUUACAACAAAUGUUCUCACCCAAUAUGACUCCAGAACAAAUUCAAGUUUUUCAACAGCAGCAUACAGCGUACAUGGAAUCAAGUGGGCAUCAGUGGCCAACUGAAGAGCAAAAUCAGAAACCUAGACCUCGACCAUUUCUAAAGCGAAUGAGUUUACCAUCAGAAAACUUUGAUAUCCAACCACAUAAACUAUUAGCUUUGAAGCAAAGCAUGCAGGUAGAGAGGGCCAUGGAUCGGGUUUCUAGUCAUGAGGAAGUUGCCAAUGAUCCAAAUUCAUUUGAAUAUAUGAAUAAACCACUUCAACAGGCACUUCUUCAAAGAAAUCUUCAACAAAAACGGCAAAGUUGGCAACAAAAGCAUCAUUGCCCACUUAACCAACAAUUUCAAAAACUUCAGAUUGAUCAAAACUCAUUUCAACCUUAUCCUAGUCCAAAUAUUCAAAUGCUUCCUGAGCAGACAAGUCAAACUAUGUAUGGAAAUCAUUUUGCUUUGGGUGCCAACAUCGGAAACCAACGAAUUAGUGGUCAAGGUGAAGAUCUCAGUUCCAUGGGUCGCCCACCAGUCAUACGGAAAGUCUCGUAUAAGUUAGCACAACAACAGCCAGUGAUGCCCCCUUAUCUGGAGGAAGGAAACAAAAAUUUACCCUUUGGCAUUGGCCAGCUACCAGGGAACCAGCAACUCAUCAAUUUUGGAGGGACACCAGUUUCUUUUCCCCAGGUUUCCUUGCAGUCGGAAACUCCUGUUGUCCAAACAACACCUGGAAGAAAAAAUGCAUUUAUUCCACGUGGGAUGGACUUGUUAAUUCUGCAGCAGCAGAUUGCAUAUCAGCAGCAGCAGCAACAGAAGUCACUGCCAAGCAUGCCAGGAAUGGACGAAUCAGACCAGGAGAGUGAACUCUGUGAUUUGGCAGCCCCAUCAGAAUGUCAGACAGACUGUUACCAGGAAAACAAUCUAUCUGCUCCAACGACCGAGAUUCAGAAUGGGGAUUAUCAGGAAAACUUUGUCAAUAACCAGGCUGUUCAACCUGAAACAUGUCAAACUGUGACUGAGGAGGAAAUGGACUUCUCGUGACAGAGAACUUUGUUUUUUUUUUUUUGUUUUACCCUUGUGAUUCAGUGUGUAGAUCUGUUUUUUCUUUUUUGUUCUUAUUGAUGUAUCAGAAUUCAAAGUAAGAUUAAGUAGGGUUUCAGUUCAGAUUUCUGAUUAUGAAUUCAGAUUGAAUAGGGUAAAAUCUCAAAAAUUAUGAAAUUUGCUAUAAAAUUCUUUCUAAAAAUCAAGCUGUCAGAAUUUGGGAUGGGAUGUAUGAAAAGUAAAGUUAUGAGUCAAAUGUUGACAUUAGAAAUGUUGCAUUUUUUUUUAUCCUCAGCAAAUCUGUGUGUGGGUUCUGAAAAAUGAAUGUUGUUUGAAGUUGUUACUAUUAACAAUAAUCUGUUUUGUUCUCAUGCACACAUGUAACUAAGUGCUUAUCAACUGAGAAUUGAUGUCUUUCAGGCAAAGGGAAUUUUUGAGUUUGUACAUGUAUACAUGUGUUUUAUAGUUAUGUCUUUCACUAAAAAGUGACCAUGAUCAUUUGUUGUACAUUAUUUAAUGAGUUUUCUCUAUGCAUCAUAAUCAAUUUUUGCCAUUUUACAAGAGUAUUGGAGAAACCAUUUGUUUACAAACCAAGAGAUUUUGUGACUUGUAUGUUGAGAGCUCUUGAGAGUUUUUACGAUAACUUUUUAAGUUUUUCUUUGUACACUAUUUGUUCAACAUCUUUCACGCAAAUUCUCAAGGUGGUUAAGGUGGUUACUGGUCAAAGAUCACCCAUGGGUUUCACAGCUUGACAGCAUAUUGUUUGUGGACUGUUUUUCUUUUCUUUCCUUAAAUUACUAUUGAUCUUUAAGAGAGAAUUCAAGGUCAUCAUUGAUGUCAGUUCAAGGCCAAAACAUAUUUGUCCUCACUUAAAGAUUUAUAUCAAGGAAAUAUGUAAAUAUAUUUAUAUUGAAAAACUGUUUGGACCAAACUUCCCAUUAUACUGUAGCAUAAUUUUUUUUUCUUUUACCUUUUUUUUUAUUUUCUAAAUUUAAUCAAAAUUCUCCUGUAAAGAGAAAUAUUAUCAAUUCCUUUUUUGGGAAUGGGGGAGGGGGGUCCAUUACACAAAUGAUUUUAUACUUAAAGUUAACGGCUUGAAAGAAAAUAUAGAAUGGAAUUGUACUCAUAACUGAUAUAAUCAAAGAUAAACUUGCCAAAGCACAGAAAAUCUUUAAAGAUUAUUUUUCUUUUUUAACAAUGGAUAAUUGGAUUGAGAGACUGAAUGAGUGUAGUUUGUAUGGUUGUGUGUGAGUGAAAUAUUAUUAAGUGUUGUGGUGCUAAGUAGAUUGUACAAACAUCAUUCAUUGUACACUGGGCAGGACUCAAGUCCAAGUUUCCUCUGACACAAAUAUAAGGGAUUUGUGAUGUGUGAAUGUAGCAAAUGCCAGGUUACUCCUGGAUUUAUGUGCACUUAAGGCAAGUUGAGGCUUAAUGAAAUCAAAUCAGUAUAAAAUGGGCAUCUGAUGGGGCAGUGGAUGGUUUUAUUGAGUAAAUUUGGUUAGAUGUUUUGCAUGUAAUACGAUUACACCCACAGAAGUAGAUUAUCAUUGAAUUCUCAGAGAGAAUAUCAGUAUUGCUUGUCACUAACAUCACACACAAGACAGGAAUAGAAUCAGUUCCUUUAAAACAGAGCUUGAAAUUGUUAAAAAAUCUGCUUAUUAAGCUUAAAAAUUCUAACAAAUCUAUACAAAGUUUGUAAAUAAAAGACAUUGUUAACUAUUUAGUUAGGAACCAGUAAUAAAUUGAAAUCUGACUUCCCAGAAACCAGUGAUUGUUUGGUAGAGAUUAAACUAAUUAUAAACAGACAUAAAGGGGUCCACAGAUAUUGUUCCUGACAGAAGGGAAACCACAGUUGUUUUCCCUGUACACACUGAUUGCUAUAACUUGAUGCUCGGAAUCAGGUCGGAAUUUGUUGAUGCAUUUUAACCCGAUACAUGUACAUUGUGCUGCCCAAAGGGCAAAAACUCUGUUAGUUAUUUUUGACAUGAACUUGUUAUUGUAUGAAUGUAUAGAUAACUUUAUCAGUCAUUAAAUUGUUAUAAAUAAUUUAA